UUUAAAAAUAAAAAGAUGAGCACCACUACAGGUGAACGAUUUGAAGAAUACAGUUGUUCAAUGGAAAUACUGUUAAUUAAACCAAAUUGUAAAUAAAACAGUUAAAUCAAUUGUACGAUUGGAUGUGCCACAGAACUAAUUUAUUUAAAAAAAAAAUCAAUCGAUCAAUGAUCCAAUGUGUGGUAUUCGAUAAAUAAUUUAAAAAAAAAAUGGAUAAUAACGAAUCAUUGCUACCUUUAUCGUCUGAUGAGUGUGGCGCAGAUAGCGAAGAAGACGUCAUCACUGAUUACCUAUCAGGUGGUGGUGACGGUCAACAAGCACCCAACACAAUUAACAAUAACCAUCAUCCACCACAAAUUAAUAUACUGGAAGCUAGUGAUUUGGUGGCUGACUCACCAAAUACUACAACUCUCAAUAAUCAUACCAAUCACAUUAUUAACAAUUCAUACAACAAUAUGCAACAAUCACAGCAACAGCCACAACGAUGUCCAUCGAUCAGUGGAUCGGUUGGAAGUGGACCAGGUGGUGGAGGCGUUGGAGUUAACGCACAACCCUUAGUACCAACAAUCAGUGUUACACCACAUUCACCAGCCGCCAAACAUUAUCCUGUCUUAGAGGAUACAUUACGGCAGCUCCAUGAAAUUCAUGAUACUAUUCAACAGAUGCGUGAUCAAUCGGUGCAAGCCUUAAAUCCAGACGUUUUAAGGCUUGCAGCAUGUUCACGUAUGAGUGCAUCAUGUCCGUCGUUAAAUGAAGCAUUUGGAGAUAUUGACUUAAAUCAUCAAGGUAGUUUAGGAUCAUCUCCAUCACAUCAUACCGCUUCUCGAAAGGGUAGUGCCGAAUGGAUGUUAUAUCAUGGUUUAGAAGCAGAUACUGUACGGAGGAGAUCAUGGACUGCAUUAGAAGAUCUGACAGGAAAAGAUAAGAAACAUGAAAGAACUAGAAGAUGCUCUUCAAUGAGUUUAAGCAGUAUGGAAUCAGAGGCGGAUGAAUCAUCAAUAAUUGAUGUGGCGGAUGGAACAACACGGUUAUUAGGUACGCAUCAUCAUCAUCAAUCACGAACACGUGGUGUACGUGUCUCAGCUGGUGGAGCAUCAACACACUCCUUAAACGAGGCCGAUCUACAAGCUGAUUGUAAUAAACUAAAGGCACGUCGUGAAGCGGAAGCAUUACGUUUAAUACCCACACGAUUACCAUUACAAAAAUCUGUAUCAACACCCUCUAUAAUUGCUGUACGCGAUUUAGCUGUUGACAUACCACCAAUAUUAGCUGGUGCACAACCCACGUUACCUGUAUGCAGACCUAGUGGCACUGAAAGUGAAACUGAAGAGGAAGGCAUCAUAACAUCUGGUCAUCAUCAUCACACUUCUGAAGAUCAUAUCCAUAAUACUGAAACAUUUUUGCACGAUUUCUUACAGAAUACGGCUUAUGAUCAUCAUUCAGAGAAAUCAAGAAGAAAACGUGGUAGUUUAUUCUUUCGAAAGAAAAAGGAUAAAAAUAAGAAAGCCAUUCAUCAGUGGGUAUCUGCAAGUUAUGCUACGACGAAUAUUUGUGAUUGGUGUACAACUCCAUUAGCCAAUAAACCAUCAUUAUAUUGUGAAAAUUGCAAUACAACAGUACAUCAAAAUAAUUGUAAAGAUAAUUUUAUCGAAUGCCACAAACCAAAAAAUAGUAAGAAUGUAUCCAAGACAUCAGCAUUCGGUGUACAAAUAACAAACUCAAAAAGUUCAUCGAAUAAACGAAAUUCGGGAUCGUCACAAGGUCAAAAUUCAUCAAAUAGUCAAAUAAUAAAUGAAGAAAAAGAGGCUGAUCAUUCACAUCCUAUUCCACAUCAUGAUUCAACAAACUUUCCAGACGAUGUUCCAUUAGUUGCAUUAGAAUUUUUAUCGGAUAGUCCUGUAACUUCAGUUGAUUUGGGAGCAGAUCCAGCAUUAGGGCUACAUGAUACUGAACCCGAUUCAUGGACUCCAUAUGUAGGAAAAGAUAUCGCCAAAAAAUUGAAAGAAAAAGAAGUGAAACGACAAGAACACAUUUAUGAAUUUAUUUUAACAGAGAAACAUCAUUGUUUAACACUACUAGUGAUGCAAAAGAUUUUUGUGGAAGGAUUACAAAAGUAUUUUCAAUUAGGACCAAAUUUAGAACGAAUGUUUCCCAGACUACUAGAUUUAACAGAAUUACAUUUACAAUUGUUACAUAAAUUACGACAGCGUCAAAGGGAAGACGCAAUUGUUUCAUCAAUUGCUGAUAUUUUACUGGAACAAUUUUCUCAAAUGAAUGCAGUUAAAUUAAAAUCGGCUUAUGGUGAAUUUUGUAGUCGACAUCGUGACGCCGUCGAUAUUUACAAAUAUUAUUUACAACAUGACGUAAGAUUCGGACAAUUUGUACGACAUUGUCAAUCGAAUCCAUUAUUAAAAAAGAAAGGAAUACCUGAAUGUAUAUUAUUUGUUACACAACGAUUAACAAAGUAUCCAUUAUUAAUUGAACCAUUAAUAAAAACAUCCAAAGAGAAUAAAAUUGAACAAGAAAAAUUACAAAAAGCAUUAACAUUAGUCAAAGAGAUACUAGUGGAGGUUGAUGCUCAAGUGGCUGAGAAGGAGAAAGAAGAUCGUAAAUUAGAAAUAUACAAUCGUAUUGAUGCUAAAUCAUAUACAACACAUCGUGGUACGAAAUUCAAAAAAUCUGAUAUAUUACAAGGGAAUCGUGCAUUACGUUUUGAAGGUUUUGCCAUGUUAAUGCAAGGACGUGGUAAAAUGCAAGCCGUCAUGGUUAUUGUAUUAUCUGAUGUAUUAUUUUUUCUACAAGAGAAUUCUCAUAAAUAUUCAUUUUUUACACCAGAAAAUAAGGCUGGUGUAGUGUCAUUACAAAAAUUAUUAGUGAGAGAAAAAGCUGGUCAAGAAUCUCGUAGUAUUUAUUUAAUAUCAUCAAAUCCUGCUGAUCCAGAAAUGUUUGAAUUAAAAGUGCACAAACCAAAAGAUAAACAAAUAUGGAUACAAGCAAUUCGUUCAGCAGUCAAAAAUUGCCCAGAGGAUGAAGAGGAUACAACAACGCUUAGUGUUGAAGAGAAACAGAAAAUUUUAAAUGCAAAACAAUCACAAAUACGACAACUUGUAGGUUUAUUAAGACAAAAGGAUGUUGAACAAGCAUUACUAUUGCAAGAAAAAAUGGCAUUACAGUUGAAGUUAUUGGCUACUGCUGGUUUAGGACCACCGUCAUCACCACCUUCAUAUCGACACUUGGUUAGCGAAAAUACUGACACGGGUGUAAUGUGGAAAGAAGUUUUGAAUGCCGUACAGGAAGUAAGUCAACUUGCCAGUUCGUUAUAUGCUUCCGGAACAAAUCUAUCAAGAAGUGUUAGUUCUGUUGGUGAACAUCAAAGUGAGGCAUAUGUGUCCCCAACAUUACCAAAAAGAGCUGAAACAUUUGGUGGUUUUGAUAAUGCACAACCUGGACCUGGACCACCAUUAAAACUACUGAAUAAGAAAUUACAACCUGCAUUUAGUGCUGCAAGUGCAACUUCCACAAAUAGCACUGAAUCAUGUGACAGAGUUUCUCUUAAUGAUAAAUUACCGUGGCGUAAUGCUAUGUUGGCAACAGUUCCGCCGGGAUUGUUAAAUGCAAAUACAUCAAAUAAUUCAUCGAAUUCAACAGAUGAUCCACAAGCAGCUUCAUCUGGACCACCAGAUUUACCUGCAUUACUGACAUUGGGACGUGAACAACAAGUGGCCGCUGUUCAACUAUCUCAUUACGUAUAUCGACUGUUAUGUAUAAUUUCACAACAAAUGACAAGUAUUGAUAGUUUACAAGCACAAUUAUUAGCAUACAAAUCAGUUGGUGUAGGCGGUUCAGACAAAUCUGGCUACCGACAUAAUCAACAACUAGAAGAAUUACGUAAUCUUCAAGAUAAAUUUAGUGGGGAGAAAGCUGCGUGGCAACAAAUGCGUGAUAAUGAACAACGAGAAUUAGAAGAGAAACGACAAGAAUUAAUGCGAUUGCAGGAACAAAUUCGUGCCGAAGAAAAUGAUAUAAAACAACAACGUGAUCAAUUAUAUCGAAAAAUGGAAGUAUUAUCGAAUCGAGGUUUAUUAAUAUCACCAAAUGUAGUGUUACCUGUUGUUCCUCCACACGAUGAGACAAAUUUAAAUUUAGAGAGUGACGGGCAAAAUAUAAAUAAUAAUGGUAACACUCCAACUAUGGAUACAUCACCACCAGGAAACACUGGAAAUGACACAAAUCGACGAAAACCUGAUUUAAAUAAAUGGGCUAACAAAAGUAUGUCCAAUAAAUCAACAUUACCAUUAAAUUUAAUAAGUGCAACAAAUCAAGUGAAAGUAUCCCAAAGUUUACCAAUCAAACAACAAUUGCCAUUAAAAUUAGCAUCUAAACUUAGUUCGAACUCAAGUAGUACACAAUUAUCUUCAGCUACAUCGCACACAUCGGCCACUGCCUCAUCUGGACCCCAACAAAUGUUACCAUUAAAAUUAUCACAAGAAGAAAAAUCACGACGAUCAUCAAGUUCUGGUGGUUAUCAACGAUUAAGUUCAGGCAGUUUUAGUCCUCCAAGUGAUAUACCAAUAACUCCAAGUCAUUCUCGAGCUGGUUCCAGCCCAGCCAUUAUGCCCGAUAGUACAUCGAUACAACAAGUUUCAAACCAAAUAACCAACAUACCCCCAACAAGUAGUGGUGCAAAAGCUGCACGUACUCAUACAUACCCCAAACUACCAGAACGGUUUCGUGUACGUAGUCCAGAACAACCGCAAGCACCGCCACCACCAGCCCCAGAAGAGGACGUUAUAUUCUUCUGACGUUUAUCGGGGAAAACAAAAAAUUUCUUAUAUUCUUUAAUAAACGCUAAGGUUUAGUGAUUAUAUAAUUUCUUAUCUCCAUAUUUAUCUAUAUAAUUAAGACAUUAAUUAUCCAGUAAGGAGAGGUGAGAAAUGAAAAUGAUUUUAAACAAAUGUUUUAUCUUUAAAUAGUUUUGAAAGUGAUAAUAAAAAUCGUGCUCAUUUGUAUAGAUCGCUGCUCCCACCCCACCCUAAAUCAUUUCAUUUUUAAUCCAAAAAAAUCAGUCAAUAAACUACAUUUGGUUUCCAUCGUUGGAAACUAUUUUAAAUUUAAAAUGAGUUUGACUCCCAGUAGUACAGCCGACCUGGUAAUAUGACCCAUAUAAAGUUUAGUUUUAGAUGUGUAUGUUCUAAAAGAUCUGGUUUUUUGUAAA